GUGCGUUGAUCACCUUCUAUCUGUUCUCAAGGUUCAAUACAAUGCUUGUGAACUUGCUGCACGUUGCGUUUCAUAGGGGACUUAAUUGUUGGGACUCCAUUUGCUUUCAGCCAAGCAAUAUGAUCCAUGAUCCAUAAAUGUGAUCUCUGAACUAGGUGUAACAUAGGCUUGCUCAUUUGCUUUCAGACAAGCAAUAUCAUAAAUGUGGUCUCUGAGCUAGGUGCAGAAGAGGCUUGCUCAUUUGCUUAGCGAAGAAGCUAUAUGAUUCAUAAAUGUGGUCUCUGAACUAGGUGUAGCAGAGCCUUGCUGCAACCUCACAAUGUAGGGUUGUCUUCUUGGCCAAUUGAGUUUAUCUGGUGAACUGGGUCAGUAAUUGAUGUUUUUAUAUACUGAUAGAAGCCUUGUUGGAUGAGAAGAUGGUGUGUUCAGUUCAUUUGUUUGCCAUGAAGUGUCAUAUCUGAACUUUCCUGGAUAUUGUUCUGGAUUACGCAUUCAAAUCUUUCAUGAGAUGGUGUGAGAAAAACUGCUGGUGUGCGUGAUCAUUGAGAAUCACAACAGGCUAUAGUCAUGCAACUAUGCAAGUGCACGUUUCAAAAAAAAAAACUAUGCAAGUGCAACGAGUGCUACGUUUUCCCCUGACCCCACUUGUAUGAGAGUGGCUUUUUUCUGAGCUGCACCUCACUACAGCUCUAACCUUUCCGAUUCUGUUGCAGGGGUUGCGCACACUCUUCGGCAUGCACCGUGUCGGGAAGACGCCAGUUCUCUUCUGCUCCCUCCAUAACAGCAACUGCAUCCGCCAGCUCGACCUUCCAUCCUUCGAGGAGGUGGGCACCCUCUUCUCCAAGAAGGAAGUGAGGACCAUCGAGCUUGCGGAUGGUGGGCCGCUCUUCACCGGAGACGGCUCCGGCGAGCUCAAGGUGUGGAGGUGGGCGCCCCAGCAGGACCAGGAUCAGGAGGCGUCGUCGGCUGCGCAUUCAUAAUCAUAGCCAUCAGCAUAGCCUCAUUGAAAAAUGAGAGCUCCAUCAUUGUAACUAUUGUAAAUUAUGGCAGCUCGAUCUGAAGUCAAGCGCUGACGAUGUAGAACUGUGCUCAGACGGCCCAACUUUCUGAGGCCUGAUAAGUGACGCAACCCUGGCAUCACGUUCCCACGCGG